AUGCCCGAGCGCCCUGCCUACCGUGACGUAUCCUCGCCGUUCCCCGACAUCAGGGUGGCCCUGAUCCGCGAUGUCCUACGGGUCUUUAGUGUUCCUGUGACCGUGCGGAUCCGUAAACACUUCAGCGACCGCGGCAUUGUCGGCCGCGUACGCGAUGCGGUGCUUGUCGACUUUAUAGAAUUUGUCCUCCGCUGGGAAUAUUCUAGUCGGGAGCUUGACAAAGCCUGGGAGAAUUAUAGCAGCAUGUGA